ACCGUUCGGCAGCUUGGAGCGUUCGCAGAGCAUUUCUUUGUAAGGCAUUUCCAGUAAGUGGAUAUUAGCCGAUUUAUAAGUCGGUACGCGAGUGAAGCAAAUCUCAAGUCAACGUAUUUAUUGAGCGGUGCAAGUCGCGGAUAGUUUAAUCAUUUAAUACUACUUCGUUAAGUAAGCAAAAAAAACUGACCAGUGCAAAUCAUAAAGUAUAAAAAAGAACAAAAAAACUACCAAAAAAGGUAUUAACAAAUUAAAGACUUCAUAAAAUGAGACCACAAAUAUAAAAACCUUUAACUAAGUAUCGGUUAAAAAGAUUACUACAAAUCCAAAUGGAUACUGCUUAAACAAAUCCAUAUUACCUGACAUAAAAUUAUGUCUGUUUAAGAAAAAUGUAAGAGUUACUUGAAUUAUUCUUAGGCAAGAAAGGAAUAUAAAUUAAUAACACUAAUCGGCAUUGCUCCGUUCAAGGUAGUGCGCAAAAAAAAAAUGAUUUAAAAUCCUCGUUCAGUAUAAAAAAUACAAUGCAAUGAUGAAUAUCAAAACAAAUUAUUAUGAGAGUAAUAUAUUCUUUAUUCUGAAAAAAAAAAUUGUUCAAUAAUUUUCAACGGAUAAACAAGACUUGCAGAGACCACUCGGAUUAUAAACUAAUUUUGAAAGAUCUCAGCCUUGGAAUGUAUAAAAAAGGACAUAAAUCUGCCUAAAUAAACGGCCACGUAUCAACUCUAUUACCAAUCAUGCAAUUAUCUUGGCUUUGGCGUUAUAUGCACCUCGAUGAGUAUAUCCGUGUGCUUAACUUGGAUUAAUGCUAACUUUUAGUCUUGUGGGAAAAAAUCAUCGUAUUCUGCCAGCAAAAAAAGAAAUCGAGGUCAAGUUAAAAAACGAUAUGCAAAGAAAACCUACUACUGUGUAAACUAUUGAUAAUAGUUAAUAGACAUACACAUAGCAGAAUCAGAGUUGGAGUAAUAGAAAUUUCCGAACGCCUUUGUCCACAACCGCGCUCCAAGGCUGCGACUUUGCGAUGGAAUCCUGCCUAGUAUGGAGCCGACACCGCUUUAACUGCAGAUCCCUUCAUCUUAGAGUGGUGUUUCUGGGAUGGGCUUUAAUAUGGACACAAUCCCUAAACUGUGUUUUCUGCGGAGAAAAAUUGGCUUUGUUAUCUGCCACUUUGCGCACAUACCAGAAAGCGGCUUGUGACUCGGAUCAGGUGGUUAUAGCCUGCCCUCGAGGUACCAGUAUUUCUAUCGAGUUUGCCCAGUACAACAAGUUCGUUGCGAAAGAUGGAUACAGUAUCGAGGAGCUAUGUCCUGUGUCUGGGGAAGCAGGACCUGAAAUCCGGGGCAGAACGAAGCAUUUGCUCCGAGGAUCCAUCUUUGGCUCUCCCUUACUGAAAGUACCGCCGAACAAAUAUAUUAAUGACGGUCUUGCAGUUCAAGUGCAAUCUGCUGGUGAAGCUAUCAGCACCAUUGCAAGUGGCCCCGUAUCGUUCUCCGGAACUACUGGCUCUGUUGACGACGUACAAAGUACCGAUUACAACAGUGAAAACUGCAUGUGGCCGAAUGCAUUACAGUACUCCUUACUGCAAACAGUGGUAGAAGCCUGCCAGAAGAAGAAGCACUGCAAGUUCCACGGAUCCCCACAAUUCUACGGACAGGGAGCCAGCGGUGUAGGCGACUCGUCUGGAACGAGCAGCUAUCACAGCAGCACGGCCAGUUCCAAUGCAAUAAGCAGCGACCCGUGUCCCAAGCGCAGGAAAAUUGUUGAAGUCGCAUAUAAAUGCCGCCCAUAUGAGUUUCGCAGUAAGGUUGCUUGCCAUAGUGAUGUUGCCCAACUUGAGUGCAAUCCUUACUCCCGGAUAGCUGUAUAUAGUGCCAGCUUUGGAAGAACCGAGUACGAGAGCAUUCAAUGCCCCCAGCCGCAAGGGGUUCGUGAAGAAACAUGUCUCGCCUCGUUCGCCACGGAGACCGUGAUGAAAAUUUGCCAUGGACGACGAAGAUGCAACUUGGCUGCAGACCCCAAAACUUUUGGUACGCCUUGUCAACCCAAUUCUCGUAUGUACUUGAAGGUUGUUUAUACUUGCGUCCCAAAGCAAGUUCUUAAGGAAAACAAGGAUUCGGAAAAGGAGCCGGAUGAAUCUGAAGGCUUUGAGGGCGAUAUGAUCGACCUCUACGAAGAUGAAUUGAUUUAUAAGGAGUCGGAGGCGAUUCCUAAGUUGCACAGCAACUCAACAACGUUAGGACGCCGCAACGGCACCAUUGGGCUGGGGACGGGAUCCGAGAAUCCAACAACCAAUCAGACCAUGACGAACAACUCUCUGGUCACAUAUGUUGACAGCAGUGUUGUGAAUCCAGUAAUGACACACAGUGCUGACUUGAGCCUGGAAGAGGACCAGGAGCGUCUCUAUUUGUAUCUGCUUGCCUUGGGCUCACUAGGAGUGCUCUUCUCCAUAGUAAUUAUCGCCACUAGGCUAGUGCUUCAAAAGCGACGCGAUCUAAAUACUAACACGCACUCAAGCUCAACUAAAGUGAGAGCAAGAGGUGGCAUAGUUGAGGACACCAUCACUCCGAGCGGAUUUAACGACACGAUUUCCGAAAUAGACGCUGACAUUGAUUUAAAAGCUUCGCAGCCUGUACCCUUCGUGUCCAAGAAUGAGAACUAUUUAACGUACGCGCCGACGAGCAGCCUAUACGCCAGCUUAUCCCCCAACCAGCUCACUUCAGCGGCUAGCCCGGGACCCGACGCCGGGAUAAUGGCAAAUCCGCUUUUGUUGGGGACUCGACAGUCACCCGACCUUCUUGGCAUUACCCCGGGAGCCUUCGGGACCACAAGUAUCGCCAGUCAGGCUCAGGUGGCGGGCAUUCUGACCUCGGCUAUUGUGGUUGGAACUAAAACCUCCAGUAGCAGUGCUCUAAGCACCAUGGUACCCAUAAGUUCAUUGGCUCAUUAUACGACGGCGCCGACAAUCAGAGGCGGGUAUAUCGUUAACGCCGAAAGCAUAGGCGUGCUUCAUCGACCGAAUAACACGCCUACCCCACCAACCUCGCUGCCCGGGGGCUCGCCAGAGCAUCCCCCUCAACCUUCAGUUCCGUUACCUUCCCCAUUGGCUAUGACUGUGAUCCCACAAAGUCAUGUGCCUAUGACAGUUGGGGGAGCAUCGACAUUGCGACGCGUCAAGCCCCCCUUGUUGCAGUCACAGCUCUCAUACGACGGUACUGCCCCACGCACUCUUCCCACCGGCGUGGCCAUUGGCUCACAGAUUUACUAUGGGUGACAAAGCACACUGGGCUGCGAUCCCCAUAUGCUCACAACAGUUUUAAGUGCGGGAAUAGGCGUGGCUCCGUCAAUUUUCAGCGCCCAGAAUCCGACAGAAGCGGCAGAUCGCGUUAGCACAGUAGAAGAGAUUUCGUCAUCUUAGCCAACGACGCAAGCAGAUCCAAGCUGCUCCACGUUCCCGAACAACUAUGGGCUAACUGAUAUUGGCAGUUCGAUUGAAAAGACGUGUGGCUAUUCUCGCUCUCAGCUUAACCCAAAAAUUGAGUAGGUGGCUUCCACCCGAUGCACUGCCUUGAAAUUGGUUAUCGAAAUAUAGAAGCUGUUCUAAAAAUGUACGAGUAACCGGCAAAUGUAAUGAAUAAAUCCUUUUUCUAGAUAAUUUUCAGAUUUGCUAUAUAGUUUAUAUGGCUUUCCACCAGGGUGGCCACUAUUAAAAUUUAGAUUUAUAUUUGCGGUGUUGAAAAUAUUUUGAACUGAAGGUUGUUGUAACAAACAUAAAAGUAAACUCAGUAUAUGUGGUCAGAAAUAAUCUUAAAUCGCAAUAAAAUUGCUUCUGACCGCGAAGUAAGGACAGUAUGGGAGUUUUCAUAAAUGGUGAACUUAGAAACAACCUUGGCCAAAAUAUGUUUACAUUCUGCCCAAUCAUCAUUAUUUUGUAGCCCAAUUUCACUGACACACAUUUCACAUUUCACAUUUUCCGCCCAAUACACAUCAGUAUUAGAAAAAAGGAUAAGUAAUUGUUUUUGUUUUCCAAAAUUCGGCAAGGAAUAAGUCUAUUAAAAUAAUUUAAUGUUUAUAAGAGUGUAAAUUAAGUAUAAAAAUACUAAUGCGAUAUCGAUACUUCGUAAGAAUUAAAAUUGUCGUCUUUUGACUUUUGUAGUACUUUCUUUGAAGUAAAAUAUGCAUUGUUCUUAGAAAAAUAAUUAGAAAACUUAAUGCUUGUGUUCUUGCUUAAGUAUUAAAAAUUUUGGUGCUCAUACAUUAUAAUUUUUAUACCCUUGCAGAGGUUAUUAUAAUUUCAGUCAGAUGUU